GAAUCUGCUGCACCUUCUGCGGCCGGCGCGUCGCAGGAGCUUCCCGGGUUCGAGAACGUGGUUGAGAUCGAAGCUUCACUCCUCGAAAGCUGGAAAUCUUGGAGCAGCCCCCGCUUGAGGGAUUCUGAAGGCAGACCAGUACCUUCACCUCCAGAUCGGCAUCUUCACUACAGGCACAUUGCACGCAUGGACCAGCUGCAGAAGGAUGUGGAAGAGGCGCACACUGCCUUCGAGCAGGUUGUGGCCCUCCGCCGCGGUGAUGAAGCAUACGUCGCGGCUGGCCAGGCUGGCCGUGCAGAGGGCACAGUGGAGCCGCAGGUGCUGCAGGCCGUCGGCACUUUCGUAUGCAACUGCUGA